AAACAUUACACAUAUCAAUAUAUUGUCAUAAAAAAUUCAAGCAGUGCAGAAGGUCAUAGAGUCAAAAAGAGAAAUUCUUCAUUUAACCCUCAACUUUUCCCAUCCCAGCCCCCACCCCAAAGAUAUAUUCUCAGAAGUGGAAUCGCUGGGUCAUAUGGUAGUUCUAUUUUUAGUUUUUUGAGAUGCGUCCAUACUGAUUCGCACAGUGGCUGCACCAAUUUACAUUCCCACCAACAGUGUACAAGGUUCCCUUUUUACAUUCUCGCCAGCGUUUGUUAUUUGUGUUCUUUUUUUUUUUUUUUUUUGCGGUACGCGGGCCUCUCACUGUUGUGGCCUCUCCCGUUGCGGAGCACAGGCUCUGGACGCGCAGGCUCAGCGGCCAUGGCUCACGGGCUAAGCCACUCAGCAGCAUGUGGGAUCUUCCCGGACCGGGGCUCGAACCCGUGUCCCCUGCAUCGGCAGGCGGACUCUCAACCACUGCGCCACCAGGGAAGCCCAUUUGUGUUCUUUUUGACGAUAGCCAUUCUGACAGGUGUGAGGUGAUAGCUCAUUGUUGUUUUGAUUUGUAUUUCUCUGAUAAUUAGUGAUAUUGAACAUCUUUUCAUGUGCCUGUUGGCCAUCUGCAUUUCCUCUUUGGAAGAUUGUCUAUUCAGUUCUUCUACCUAGUUUUUAAAUUGGGUUGUUAGUUUUUUUGAUGUUGAGUUGUAUGAGCUGUUGAUGUAUGUUGGAUAUUAACCCCUUAUUGUUUAUAUCAUUUGCAAAUAUUUUCUCCCAUUCAGUAGUUUGUCUUUUCAUCUUGUUGAUGGUUUCCUUUGCUGUGCAAAAGCGUUUAGGUUUAAUUAGGUUCCAUUUGUUUAUUUUUGCUUUUAUUGCCUUUGUUUUAGGAAUGGAUCCAAUAAAAUAUUGACACAAUUUAUGUGAAAGAGUGUUCUGCCUAUGUUUUCCUCUAGGAGUUUUAUGGUAUCUGGUCUUACAUUUAGGUCUUUAAUCCAUUUUUAGUUUAUUUUGUAUAUGGUAUUAGAGAAUGUUCUAACUUCAUUCUUUUACGUGUAGCUGUCCAGUUUUCCCAGCACCACUUAUUGAAGAGACUGUCUUUUCUCCAUUGUAGAUUCUUGCCUCCUUUGUUGUAGAUUAAUUGACCAUAAGUGUGCGGGUUUAUUUCUGGGCGCUCUAUCCUGUUCCAUUGAUCUGUGUGUCUGUUUUUGUGCCAGUACCACGCUGUUUUGUAUUACUUUUUUUUUUUUUUUUUCUGCGGUACGCGGGCCUCUCACUGUUGUGGCCUCUCCUGUUGUGGAGCACAGGCUCCGGACGCGCAGGCUCAGCAGCCAUGGCUCACGGGCCCAGCCUCUCUGCGGCAUGUGGGAUCUUCCCGGAUCGGGGCACGAACCAGUGUUCCCUGCAUCGGCAGGCUGACUCUCAACCACUGCGCCACCAGGGAAGCCCUGUAUUACUUUUUAAAUUAGCAAAACAAUAAAGAAAUUUUAUUUUGGAAAAAAAGUACUUGCUGACCCCUAGUGGUAUCUUUUAGCAGCACACGUUUAUUUGUUUUGAAAUAAUUUAGAUCUGAAUUAUGACUUAGGUUAAAACAACAGUAAGAGAGAAAUGGAGACUCUAAGCUAAUAUCAGGAUGGUUCAAGCCUACAUGUCAUUUCCCUCCAAAUAUACAGAUAACUGGGGAAAGGAAACAUAGGGGUAACAGUGAGGUGAGUUAUCUACCUUGGCAGCUUUGAAUUCAUAAAAGCAUAACUUAUAUAAUUUAUAUCUGAAAUAAUAUUUUACACCAUGUGUUUGAGUGUUUUUAGCAUCAAAUAAUCAUAUUUGUUCAAAGUUAAAAUAAAAAUUUUCAUUUGAAAAAUAAAAGCAUUGGUUUUUCCUUAGAUAUUGGAUCAGAAAGGUACACUUUCAGUUUCACCAUUCGUGAUUCAACAACCCAUUUUGUAAAUGCAACAUCGUGGGGCAAGGAAGAUUACAUCAGAUCACUUUCUGACAGCUUUCGUGUUGGGGAGUGUGUGAUAAUUGAAAAUCCCCUGAUCCAAAGAAAGGAAUUAGAAAGAGAGGAAAAGUUCAGCCCUGCAACUCCUAGCGAUUAUAAACUAUUGCUCAGUGAGAAUCACUCAAUGGUAAAAGUUUGUUCCAGUUAUGAAGUGGAUGCCAAGCUACUUUCUUUGAUAUACUUACCUGUUAAAGAGUCUUGUGAUUAUUAUUCAUUGGGUGACAUUGUUGCAAACGGACACAGUCUUGAUGGGAGAAUUAUUAAUGUCCUUGCAGCUGUGAGGUCGGUUGGAGAGCCAAAAUACUUUACAACUUCAGACCAAAGAAAAGGCCAGAGGUGUGAAGUUAAACUCUAUGAUGAGACAGAGCCUUCUUUUGCAAUGAUAUGUUGGGAUAAUGAAUCUAUUCUACUUGCACAGAGCUGGUUGCCACGAGAAACAGUAAUAUUUGCCUCAGAUGUAAGAAUAAGUUUUGACAAAUUUCGGAACUGCAUGACAGCAACUGUAAUCUCAAAAACGAUUAUUACAACUAAUCCAGAUACACCAGAAGCUAACAUCCUAUUGAAUUUCAUAAGAGAAAAUAAAGAAACGAAUCUUCUGGAUGAUGAAAUUGACAGUUAUUUGAAAGAAUCCACAAAUUUAAAUACAAUAGUUGAUGUCUAUACAGUUGAACAAUUAAAGGUAAAAGCUUUGAAGAAUGAAGUAAAAGCUGAUCCUAUCUAUGGAAUUCUUUAUGCUUACAUUUCUACACUGAACAUUGAUGAUGAAACUACAAAAGUAGUUCGAAAUAGAUGUUCAGGCUGUGGUUACAUUGUAAAUGAAGCAUCCAGCACUUGUACAACUUGCAACAAAGAUUCUUCAGAAUUUAAAUCAGUUUUUCGCAGCUUCCAUAUGCUAAUUGAUCUUACUGAUCACACAGGUACCCUCCACUCCUGUAGUCUCACAGGAAGUGUUGCUGAGGAGACUUUGGGCUUCACGGUAAAUGAGUUUCUUGCAAUGACGGAUGAACAGAAAACAGCAUUAAAGUGGCAGUUUCUUUUGGAAAGAAGCAAAAUCUAUGUAAAGUUUUUUUUAUCUCAUAGAGCAAGGGGUGGACUGAGAGCGAGUGUGCUCUCCUGUAAGCUCGCAGAUCCUAUCGAGGCAAGUAGGAACUUGUCUGGACAAGGAAAUAUUUAAAAACCAGACGUCAUUUUAAACUCUGGAAAAGAAUACAAGUUUUAACCGCCUUUAAAGUGGAAAAUGAGUUUGAAAAUUACAGAUAAAAUUGUAUUUUGUUCAAAUGUGGUGAGAAUGUUUCUGUAAAUUGUUAUUCUGUUUCCCCCUGGAGUCAGUUAAGAGUAAAUCCUAAAAUCCCUCUCUUAUUCAUUUCUUAGAAGGCCUUUUCUACUGGCUUUGCCCUCUCUCUCUUCCCAAGUUGGAAAAUGUUUGCAUGAAUUAAUAAACAAGUUUAAUCUUUCCCACAGA